AUGAUGGAGGAAACUGGUGAUUGCGGAGAGAUGAAGGCCUGCUCCUCAGACCACAUCGCUGCCAAGAAGAAGGCAGGAGUGGCGAUUGCUGCUGCGCAGUGGAAAACUCACGUUCCAGCUCUGUGCAUUGCUGCAGUUGCUGCUGCAGCUGCUGCUGCUGUGGCAGCGGCGGUGGCUUGGAAAUCCAAUUGUCCAGACCUUGGAGAGACAGAUCACACUCCUGGGAUGAGCCCGCUAGGUCCAGCAGAAACAAAAGAACCAGACCUCAGGAUUGCUCUUGUUGGGAAAACUGGAGUUGGGAAGAGCGCAGCAGGAAACACCAUCUUAGGAAAGAAGAAUAUCUUUAAAUCUACGUUAUCUGCUUCUUCUGUAACAUCAAACUGUGAGAAGAAAAUAGCAGAGGUUUAUGGUCAAAUCUUGGCUGUAGUUGAUACUCCAGGUCUGUUUGACACCAUACUACAUCAAGAUGAAGUGAAGAAAGAGAUUGCCAGAUGCAUCUCGUUUGUUGCUCCUGGACCUCAUGUGUUCCUGGUGGUGAUACGGGCUGGAAGAUUUACAGAAGAAGAAAAGGAAACAGUAAAAAUCCUCCAGAAAAUGUUUGGAGAAGAGGCAGCAGGUUACACUAUGGCCUUGUUUACCAGAGGAGAUGAUUUGGAGGCAGAUGAAACCACGAUAACAAACAUCAUCAAAGGAAAUGCAAAACUCAGUGAGUUUAUCAGUCAGUGUGGUGGAGGAUAUCAUGUUUUCAACAACAGAAAGGAGGAUCAAUCUCAGGUCAGAGAGUUGCUGAAGAAGAUCAACACCAUGGUUGAUAAAAAUGGUGGAAGAUACUACACCAAUGAAAUGUUUGAGAAGGCCGAGGAAGCCAUAAGAGAAGAGAUGGAAAAACUUAUGAAAGAAAAUCCAGAGAUGGAGCCUGAAGAAGCAAGAGAAAUGGCAGAGGGAGAUAACUCAUUUAUUCGAAAAAUUGCAGUUGUUAUUGGAACAACCGUUGCUGGAACUGCUGCAGGUCUUGGAACUGCUGUGGCUGCUGGAGCCAUUGUGGGAAGUUUGGCAGGUCCAGUGGGAACUGCAGUGGGAGGUGCAGCAGGAGCUGCAGUGGGUCUUACAUCAGGAGCUGUCGCUGUGGCAAAAAAGGCCUGUGUUAUACAGUGA